AUGGAUGAUGAGUUAGUUCCUGAGUCUCCAAUUCACGUAGAUCAAAUGGGCCAUUCUUCACCUGUGAUGGAUUCUGCACUCAAGUCGAAUCUCGAGGUGACUAGAAAUCCUGAUGGUUCUGUGGAAACUUCUAAAGUAGACACACCCAUUAAUGCAGGCAUCACUAUGAACAUAUCUCAUAUAGACGAAAAUGUCCUUAUGGGUGAAGGAAUAUCGUAUACAGCUGCCCAAGACAAUCAGUCUCUUGUUGUCUCAUCUACCUUCGAAACACCACUUGUUGAAACCAUAGUUUCGUUACCUCCAUUUAUACUUCCUACUUUAACCAAAUCACCUCCGUCAACUCAUUCACCCACUUUUGAUAAUAUCAUGCAACAAUCCAUUGCUUCUUUAUUCCCAUCCCAAUCCACAGAAGGUCCCAAAAUUGUUAAUGAUGAUCAAGCAGAUGAUGUUAUAGGUAUUGAUGUGGAUGUCAUGUUGAAAUCUUACGAACAUCAUCUUCAGGAGUCACUUGAUCGAAUUGACAAGAAUAAUGAAUUAAGGGUUAAAGUUGAAUAUGAGAACUUUAAUGGAGCCAUUCGAGCUUUGAAGGAUGCUGCAAAGGAACAACAUGUUUUGUAUGUCCAAGAUUUCAAGGCCAUUCAUAGAAUGUAA